AAAACAUUUUAUAAUACAAUAUUAGAAUUAAAUAAUUAAAUUUAAAACAGUAAACAUGUUUAUAAAAAUAUUAGUGUUGGUGAUACUAGUGUGUCAUUCAACUGUGCUCGUUCAGUGCAAUCGAGAAAUACUUCGAGACAAGUCUGUCAUUCAUUUCAAGUUUUUCGACAAUAGUCUUACGCUUUACAGCGAAGACAUCACUGCGAGAGACAUCUCAUACAAAGUGUCGGUCAUUGAUGUCCACCAAAACAAAGUCAUUGACAAUAACGUGAAGAUAUUUGUGUUGAAUGACAAAGAAAACCAGUUUAUACCGCAGGCCCCGACCGGCCGGCUAUAUAACCAUGAUGAAUUUGUUAUGUUUAGCAUCCAGGUGGCUAAUGUUGAGGCAACAUCAUACUUAAUUGAGUAUUACGGGGCGUCCGGUGCCCGGGAACUGUUGGCCACGAGCCAUAUCGUGCCCUUUCAAAAGACAGCCACCGAUGGUCUGACGACCAGUCCUGUCGUCGAUAGUAAAGGCAAUAUUAUUGGCAGUAUUAAUGUUAAUUAUUUGGUUAUUCGGCCGAUCAGUGGCUUCGAUGCUGACGCGGAUCAGACCAUUGAUAUCAAGUCGGGCGCAAUGAUGGGUCACAGGGGGACGGGUUCGGGCAGACGAACGGACCUAAAGGAGAAUAUUUUGGAAAACACUAUUGAAGCGUUUAAUUAUGCCUGUCGUCAUGGGGCCGAUAUGAUUGAGCUGGAUAUACAAUUAUCAAGCGAUAAGAUACCAAUAAUUCAUCACAACUUUGAAACACAACUCUACGUCAGAGAAAAUAAGGGCACUGAUUUAGCAAAACAAAAUACCGCGAUUAAAGAUCUAGCAUAUUCACAAAUGAAAAAGAUAAGUACUGUUGAGAGUAAAAACUUUGAUUAUGAGGACAAUCAGCCCUUUGAGACACUGAAGGAUGUCUUGGAGAGAAUGGAUGCGAACUGUGGUAUCAAUUUUGAGAUCAAAUAUCCGCAGACAUAUAGCGACGGUCACUGGGAGGCAGAGAAGCCGUUGGAAUUGAAUGAAUACAUAGACAUCAUUGUGAAGGCAUUGUAUGAUAAUAUCGGCAACAGAUCCGGAAUCAUAACAUCAUUUCACGUAGACUUGUGCUCAAUGAUACAAUUAAAACAAAACAAACUAAGAGUAGCGCUCCUGACGUCGGGCGAUGUGAAGCACUGGGACCCAAAAGCUAAGCCCCUAUACGACCCACGCGGCACUACUAUUCCGUUGGGCGCCUACUUCGCUGAGGGUAUGGGUUUGGAUGGUAUGUCUAUUCUGGCUAAGGAUCUGUUGGCCGACAAAACACUCAUACCGUUUGUAAAGUCACGCAAACAACACGUCUACGUCUGGGGCGACCAAAUCAAUAGUCGACAGGUCAUCGACCAGUUGGUCAAUAACGGCGCCGACGGACUCAUAUUUAACAAGUAA